CCGGCGUCCCAGCCCGCGGCGGGAGCAGCACCAGCGGCAGGAGGAGGAGGAGGAGGGGGAGGCCGGCCCUUCCUCCCUGCGUCCCUCCCGCCCUCCCUCCGCCGCGGUACCUGCGCCGCGCGGCCACGUGAGCGCCACAUCAGCGCCCUCAGAGUCAGCCAGCGCAGGGGGCAGCGCCGGCCGCGCUCCCCUUCCCUCCCCUCCCCGCCUCCCUCGGCCCCCGCUCCCCUCGGCGGCACGGCCCGGCCCGGCCCGGGGCUCCGCCGGCCCCGGCUCGGGAAGAUGCUGCAGUCGCUGGCCGGCAGCUCCUGCGUGCGGCUGGUGGAGCAGCACCGCUCCGCCUGGUGCUUCGCGCUGCUGGUGCUGGGCUACCUGCUCUACCUGGUGUUCGGCGCCGUGGUCUUCUCCUCGGUGGAGCUGCCCUACGAAGACCUGCUGCGCCAGGAGCUGGGCAAGCUGAAGCAGCGCUUCCUGGAGGAGCACGCCUGCCUCUCGGAGCAGCAGCUGGAGCAGUUCCUGAUGCGGGUGCUGGAGGCCAGCAACUACGGCGUCUCGGUGCUCAGCAACGCCUCGGGAAACUGGAACUGGGACUUCACCUCCUCGCUCUUCUUCGCCAGCACCGUGCUCUCCACCACGGGUUAUGGACACACAGUGCCUCUGUCUGAUGGGGGAAAGGCUUUCUGCAUCAUCUACUCGGUCAUUGGGAUCCCGUUCACGCUGCUGUUCCUGACGGCCGUGGUGCAGCGCAUCAUUGUGCACGUCACCAGGCGGCCGGUGCUGUACUUCCACAUCCGCUGGGGCUUCUCCAAGCAGGUCGUUGCAAUCAUCCAUGCUAUGCUCCUCGGGUUCAUCGCUGUCUCCUGCUUCUUCUUAAUCCCAGCAGCAAUAUUUUCUGUCCUGGAAGAUGACUGGAAUUUUUUGGAGUCUUUUUAUUUUUGUUUCAUUUCCCUGAGCACCAUUGGCCUCGGAGACUAUGUGCCAGGAGAAGGCUACAAUCAAAAAUUUCGAGAGCUGUAUAAAAUUGGAAUUACCUGUUAUCUGUUGUUGGGCCUUAUCGCAAUGUUGGUGGUUCUUGAGACUUUCUGUGAACUCCAUGAGCUCAAAAAGUUUAGGAAGUUGUUUUAUGUGAAGAAGGACAAGGAGGAGGACCAAGUGCAUAUAAUGGAACAUGACCAGCUCUCCUUCUCUUCCAUCUCAGACCAAGCAGCCUCCAUGAAGGACGAUCAGAAGGCAAACGAGCCUUUUGUGAAUUCCCAGUCCCCAACUUCCAAUGACAGCUCUCUAAACAAUUAAUACACGGGUAUCCAUACCGGUGUUUGGUGCAUUUAUGCUACUUACCAUAAGAAAUAGAAAGCCUCAUAUUUUUUUCUCAAAAUAUAAAAGCUGGAACUGUGCUACUUUAACAAGGAUUCAUCACUUCUGAAGUAAAAAAGACAUUUGGGAAAAAUGUGGGAGCCACCCUGGGAAAAGGGAAUAAAUAUAAGAUGUGGCUGGGAACAUAAGGCCAUUUUGGUUGAGGGAUAAGGAUUUAGGUGUACCAAAAUCAGAGAUGCCAGAGAGAAAGGCUUGCAUUAGCAACUUAAUUGAACAUCUUUAAGAGACUAGGCCUUCACUGACAUCCGGCUCAUUGCGUUGCACACCCCAUCUUGCAAUUGGUUGACAGCAGAUUUUGUUGCCCCAUCUUGCAACUGGUUUUGACAGCAGGGAUGUGCAUUUCUGAUAGUCACAGUUUUAAUCAAAUUAAAGCUAGCAUCUUAAUCUGGAAAACGUUUUCAGAGCAAUAUCUCUAGAUCUGGUGGAGGGAGGAAUAUCUAGGUCAUUCCUCUAUUACCCCAUAACUUGCAGGUGCAAAAAAUAACUCUAGGACAGCAAAACCAAGAUUGAAGUCCGUCCUUUGCCCAUGCCAUUUACAUCUAAAUUUCUUGCUUCCUUAACAGAUCCUUUAAUCACCAGAAAAAUAUUGUGCUGGAGAGAGUGUGCCUUGAGUCUUCCAUGCUGUUUGUUUUUUGUAUGAAACACUUUUCUGAGAGGUAGAAAAAGCAAUUCAAAAUUCUAGAUGAGGUGAGAUGCUAGGGAAGGAAGACAGAUGCAUUUCAGUCUUCUGAAAUGGGCAGGGGCGGGUUUUUAGCUGUAUAGAAUGGAAUGAAAAUGAGUUAGCAUAUGCCACACAUGACUGGCACAGUCAUGUGCAUACAGCAUUCUCUAAUAGGUGGUUGGAAUCUGUUCAGCAGAAGGACUUGGUGCUGUUCCUUCCACAAUCCAGCCCACUGCGCACUCUGCUGAGGAGGAACAGACACAGCAUCACCUUUGGACAUGGCUCCUAUUUCUUCUUUUGCUUUUCUAAAUGCUACUUGGAGCACUUUGGAGGAGAAGGGAAUGUUUCAGGGCAAAAUGAUUUUUCAGUUUUUCAUAUGGCAAGAAAAAAGGAAAAACGUCACAUUUGGUUCAGAUGGAACCGAAUUUUUUUCCCCUUGGGAAAAGUCACUAAAAAGUCAAGAUCUCGCUCAACUCCUGAAGCUGGAACCUCUUUGGCUGCAAUAGGAGAGAUGUUUUAGUCCAGCUACCAGUCACUGUGCUGAAUGCAGGGACCUCAGAGUAAAUUUCAGUGAGCAUGAGACGAGAUUUAAGUGGUUGUAGUACUUUCUCUUCUGGCCUUAAGAAUCUUACGAUAGAGGAAUCUUGACAAUGCUUUGCAAUGAACAAAAGACCUGGAGCACAAAUAGCCAUAUUAGGACAGCCUCCCACAUAGGAACAGUGUAGAGGAGAGCCUUUUACCUGCAGUGCAAGCAUGCCAGAUUGCCUGUAAUUUGGCUUUUAGUUUAGAGCUGAAUAAUAAUUUACUGUAAAAGAAAAAAAAUGCAGUGUGUCUAGAUUUAGCGCACGUGGGAAAAAUACUUGAAAGUAAAUAACCCAAAAUAUACUGUGUUUGAGCUUAAUUAUAGCUAGCAUCAAACAAAUUUUUAUAUUUUACUGGAAAACUUUAUGGUUAAAUCAGCUGAAAGUCUUCAAUUGAAAUUUAUAUUUAUAGAAAAUCAGAACUAAAGGUUUUGGUUGUUUUGUGUUUUAUAGAUUAGGUGAGAGCAUAUUGUGUUUGCAUGUUCCCAGGAAAGUGGCUAUUUUUAUACUGCUUAGGUUAACACAGUUUUAUUUAUAAUGAAUGUUAACCAAUAUAUAUGUACAUAUAUACAUAAAUAUAUUUAUAUACUGUACAUAUAUCAUAAAUCACCAGAGUCUAACAGACUUAGGAAUGGCAUUUUAGAUAAUUUUUCCCCUAGUUUCCUCUUUAUACAGUCAAUAUUUGAAAACGAUGGCAUUAAAAUGACACUAACAUAAAAUUAGAGUACUGUACUAUAAGAAACAUUUAUACUAUUUUUUCCAGUGGAACUUUAUUGAUUGUUUUCAUUAUCUUAAAAUUCAAGAUUUCUUUUGAUUUCCUUAUUAUGUUAAGCUCUAAAAGAUAUGCACAGAUGUUAAAUUACAUACAAAGUUACUUUUGCAGCGUGUACACAAAUGUGAAAUGUAGACACGUGAAAUGAAAGCACAGAAUUCAAAGCAGAAGCGAUAAACUAAGCAGUAUACUGUGAUUGUAGGUGAAUAUUUGUUAUUUUAAACUUAAAUAAAAAGUCUGGCUUUUGCCUGCCUGCACUAUGAA